ACGCGGCCGCCAUUGUCGCGGGUCAGCAUGAGCGCGGCGCUGCGGCAGGUUCUGUGCGUGAAAACGACGGCCUGGCUGAAGCCGGUGUCUGCGCUGUACAGAGCAGCAACUCCCCUCGAAAACCACCUGUGUGCUGCAGGUGAUGCCCKUGUGAGUUGCCACAGACACUACAGAUCCCGUCCUACACAUGGCAUUGGGAGGUUUAAAUAUCUGCUCCCAAAGGAGGCUCCAAAGAAGAGAAAGGAUCGAGUACAGAUGAAGGCAGUAAAUGUUGGGACUGAACACGAGUACGGGGACAUCAACAUCCAGAUGACUUCCUACGACAUGUGUCUCGUGGAGCAUUUUGCUAAACAUGUGCACAGACUCUGCAACCGGCUCUCGAUUCGGGUCAACGAGAGCUACGCGAUGCCCACCAAGACCAACGAAGUGCUGUUCUUGGAAGAGCGGGGUUCCAAAAUGCAGCUGGGCGCAGUCCUUACUACCCACCAGAGGGUUGUCCAGAUCUGUGGUUUGAGUUCGACGUUUGCUCCGAUUCUCUUGGAAAUUAUUCAGAGUAACCAGCCUGAAGGGGUCGAUCUGUUAGUGAAAGAGCACACAGAAGCCGACUUCAAGAUGCGAUUAAAGUCUCGCCCRGAACUCGAAGAGCUACUAGCACAGAUGAGCUGAGCCAAGGAAGGAUUAUCCAUCCGCUGCAGAGCCCUCCCUGGGAAAUGGAAGUUUCUCUUUCACGGCUGCUUGAGCCUCCACAAAAUGACUGUGAGCUCUGUGCUUACAAGGUUGUCGCAAGAAAUUUGUGCUGUUACCAGACAUUUUCUUGUAAUAAAGACAAAUACAUUUGA